ACUAGGCCUCUUAGUGCGGCUUUUGAACAGGGUUGCCUUUAGCCAUGGCUUCCAAAAAGAAGGCAAUUUUUGGAGGCAAGGAUUCUGAUGUCAAGAAGAAGAAGGGCAAGAAGGAUACCACGGUGACCAUCAAAAUCGUGGAAGGGCCCUUGGCAGAGGAGAUGCGGGAGUUCUACCUUAACCAGAUCCGAGACCUGGAGGACAGGCUGGCCCGGUACCAGCGGAAGUGGGAUGAGCUGGCUGCGCAGGAGAAGCUGUUCCGCCAGGAGUUUGAACAACUGGCUAAUAACAAGAAGGAGAUUGUGGCCUUCCUCAAGCGCACGCUCAACCAGCGCGUGGAUGAGAUCACAGACCUCAACGAGCAGCUGCAGAGCCUACAGCUCGCAAAGGAGAUGGAGAAGGACGCCUUUGAGGCCCAGCUGGCCCAGGUGCGCCAUGAGUUCCAGGAAACCAAGGACCAGCUCACCACAGAGAACAUCAUCCUUGUGGGGAAGCUGGCAGCCCUGGAGGAGUUCCGGCUGCAGAAAGAGGAGCUCAUGGAGAAGUUCAUGUCACUGGAGGACCAGCUGCUGAGGCAGGAGAUGGAACACAAGGACCAUGUGUACAACCUGGAAAAGAAGUCGGUGCUGGACAAGGACAGGCUGAGGAAAGAGAUCAUCCAACGCGUGAACCUGGUGGCCACUGAAUUCCGCAAAGCGGCCACCAACCAGAUGUGGGAGACCACACAGCGGGCCAUCAGGGAGAACAGCACUGUGACCCUGAAGCUGGCCAAGGUGUCCCAGCAAGGCAUGCAGCUGCUGCAGGAGAACGUGCAGCUCAAGGGCAGCCAGUGCGAGCUGCACAAGCAGCUGGAGAUGAUGGAGAACACACAGAAGGCCAUGGCCAGGAGCAGCAGAGGCCACCAGAAGAUCAUCCUCCUGCUGACUGAGAAGUGCCGUGAGCAUCAGCAGGGUACCACCGAGGCCAAGCGGCUGCGUCUCCUGCUGCACGAACUGAAGCAGAGCUUCCUGCAGCUGCAGGUGGACAACCAGACCCUGAGGGACCAGAGAGACCAGCUGAUACAGCAGCUGGGGCAGCAGCAGGCGGAGGUACAGCAGCUGCAGCAGGAGCUGACUGAGGAGCAGAAGUUUCGAGAAACCUUGGAGAUGAGCCUGGACCGGGCCACCAUUUUCCUACAGGACAUUCUGCAGAUGCAAUCAGAGGAAAAGGAUGGCUACUUUGACGUGGUAUUCCAGCUCCAGCACAAGGAGAUGCUGAAGCAACUGCUGGCCCUGCUCAGCUCUGCCAUGGUCCUGAGACCCCAGACAGCUGCAUGUCCUGUCCAGGAGCCCCAGUCCGGUGGCCCAUCCAAGGAAAGGCAGCCCAGCAGCCAGCCACCCAAGGCGGCAUCUCUGCUGCAGCAGCUGCGUGGCAUCAGACCCUACCAGCCAGGAGAUCUAGGACUGGUGCCUCGCCGGGUCCACAUCCCACCCAACCCCCAGGACCUCAGACAGCUCUCAUACGUCACCCGCAUGAAGCCCUCCCGGGCACACAGUGUCUCUGAGACCCACACCUCUGGCUCUCUAAAAAAACUCCAAAAGUUUAGUCUUCCUGACGUUUUCCUGCAUCCCAAGUGGCACGCGGAGAAAUGACCAAACCCCUAUCCUGGAAAUGGACUGUUCCAGACAGCCGCAGUCCCCAUCUUAAGUCUGCAAGUGGCCUGGGACAGCCCAGAGAAGAGUUAUAUAAAAAGUGGACAUCA